CUCGGCCAAGCUCAGGUGUACUCACAGCGCUGUUGCAUCCAACACGAUAACGCAUAAGCAGCGGGUGACAAUUUCCUCUCAAUAGUGCGCCGAUCUCGCGAGCGUCUUCAUGUUCGUUUGGGAGGAUACUGCGGAGUACUAAUUGGAUUGUGUUUGUCCAGCGAGAAAAAGAUUGACCACAUCGCGAAGAGUAUCGACGACAUUAAACUUCUUCUUGAGAGACUCAGCACACCCUCAGAUGCUGAGAAGGUCGAAACCCACCCACCGCUCGUUAAAAGCGGACUGCCGAAACCUCUGGCCAAGUACCAACCCAUUGGUACCGCUAAUGGUGAACACAUACCGUGGGAUCACUCGGCUUAUAUCGUCGGAUUUGUCGAUUGUGUCGCCGAAUAUGGAGGGGUAGAAGGCGUCCCGUCCGGAGCGGGCUUUAUUAUUUCUUCUCUGAGGAACAUGGCACAGACUCUGGUACGUCCCGAUAUCAAUCGGGACUUCGCUUCCACCCAGGCAAAGACCGCGAGAGAUCAGACUGACGCUUCUCCGAUGCCACCUUUAGAGGCUACUGUUGCGGCAUUGCGGUGGGUCAAGGUUCACGAACAACACCCCAGCCUCGCCUGGAUCUCUCAUAUACUACCUCACGGAAUGUUUGGAGAGAUCUGCAAAAAGGUGUACUUUGCAAUUGAAGACUACAGUGAAGUAGACUUUACCCUCGCAAAUGGUUACCUAUCUUACGUGUUUGCUGCACUUGCCGCUCAAUCUAAAGAACUGGAUUACCGAGAAUACUGGGAACUCUGCCGAGAUAACCUUUUCAGAGCGCUUUCGCGGCUACCUAUGAUUCUCCCUACAUCCAUGGAGGCAGUUGCUGCAUUGACACUUGGGACAUAUAACGCAAUCGAGAUACUUGAUGCCUCUCGAGCUUGGACAUUUAUUUCAAAUGCCUCGGAUCUAAGCCAGAGGUUAGGAUAUCAUCGCCAAGAUUUCCAAGGAGAAACCGACCAAUCCCUCCGCCUAGCAGAGGAACGUCUAUUUUGGACUAUUUAUCGGCUGGAGAAGGCACUCUCGCUUCGGCUCGGAAAAUUGUCCACGAUUGAUGAUACGAAAAUUAUACUUCCUGGUUUUGACUCGCAGGCGUCACGAUUUAUGAGGCUUGGGAGGAUUCGGGCACGGGUCGAUGAUCAACUACACAGCCCAAAUAGCUUGGCCUGCUCAGGAGACGAAGGAGGACAUUCGGCUGAGCAUCUUGCUGCAGAACUGCGAGAAGUGGUUCGAGAAACACACCUUGGUGUUUUCAGUGCCAGCGACCUGUCCUCUGAGAUGGGCUCGAUGCAAGUCGUCAAUAUACAGUGCGAGCUGGCUUGCCACUGUUCGCUUCUCGCCUUGAUUCUCAGGGCUAUUUCCACUGCAGGAGGCUCUCUGGAGCAUUGCUUUGCGGUUGCUCGCGAUGUUCUAGAUAUUCAUCACCAAUGCAUCAUAAGCCUCCGUGGUUGCGAGAAUGACACGUUUAUGAUAUCAAGAUAUCUUGACUGGUCAAUCCUCUAUACCCCCUUUAUCCCGUUUAGCAUUCUUUUCCCUCGUACCAUUCAGCUAUCGGAUCUCGACGACCUGGCCCGCCUUGAACGUUUCGCAGCUUCAUUCGGGCCUGACGAGGGUUCUUGCUCGUCAACUACACAACUUUACCAGCUGUAUCAACUUCUCUCCCAAGCUGCACGUAUCUACAUCCAAGCGAAAGCCCCGAUAUUUCCUCUGACCUCCACCUCGUCCCAAAAUCUGCCAGAUUUGUUAGAGGAGGUUGAUUUCGAGCAUCUUGUCAUGGAGGCACAAGCUGUGGCAAAUGGGACCUUUGAGGUCGGCGAUUCUCAGACGCCAGGGCUCAGCGGUUGGGAUGAUGACAAUCAGCAGCUCAUGGAUUUGAUAGAUGAUGAGAUGUUUUCGACAUCUGGAAUACCUGAGGAGACUAGUAUAGAACCCGAAGCUCCAGGAGGAAAAUCUUGAUGACGGACAAAGGCAGUAAAUAC